GUAGUUUGAUGAAUCAGUAACACUUAGAUACCUACGUCUCAUAUUGUAAAAUAAGAUGAUUAACACAAAUUAAACCAAACGUUUUUUGCGUAUUUGCGUUGUUUGAGUACAAAAUAUGAAGAGAUCAACGUUGAUUUUGGGAUCACAGUAAAACCAUUUUAUUAAAUCAUGGAAUAUUUUUAUUGUCUUCAAGAUAAUACCUUGAACUAGUAUAAAAUGGAGGACUGUUUAAAAAUCUUAUCAAUGUUAGCAAACGAAAGUACAGGUACGAUUGUUAGACAAUGCCGAAAAGAAAUUUGUCAUAUUCAGUUUUGAUUCCUCGUAGAAGAAAGAUCAGUUUUUUGCGUCUCAGAAAUAACAAACUUUUUAAGUACGCCUCGGUGGGUCAUAAGAAGAUCAAGUACUGUCUGGAGACGAUAUGGUGGCACACGAUAGAAAAAAGAUUUUGUUUCGACGAUGAAAUAGCGCUGUACGAGGUCCCAGAGUCUUCGUAUCAAGAAAAAAACAAUAACAUAUUCGAGAAUGCAGUAUUCUAUGACAGCGUUUCUGUGAUAGCUGGCAGAUCUGUGGUGACCAUAGAGCCACUACCGGUGAAAUUAAAUGUCACACCGGAACCGGAAGUGCGACGAAGAAUUAUCGAACCUCCGGUUAUAAUAUCCCAACCAAUGCUAUCCAGGGAUUCUGUGCCAAAAAUCAAAUUGGAAUUGGAGGACUCGACAGAAGACGUUACACCAAGUGAGGUCACAGAAAAAAGGUUGUAUAGAAGUACAUCGGAUAUUGCAGAGAGUCAAGCGGAGAUUAAUGUUAUCGAUGAAAAACUUGCAGUGAGCGAACAAAAUUUGGAGAUACCGCCAAUGUUGUCCGAGAGCAAAUCCGAAGGAGAAAUAAUACCAAGCAAAAAAGGACCAUCAGACGUCGUCAGAAGCGAGGGAGACCUCUCAGAAGUCUCAGACAACGGAAACAUAGACCUCCGGAAGAAAAUCUUCAUCGAAAAGAGGAUGUCGAAGAGCUUGUACCUCAACAUCGAAUGUGUGGGUGAUAGGUGCAGAGAAAUUCCUAUAAUCCGACAGAACUCCAUGCCCAAAUUCUAUCUAGGCAGCCCCGAGGACCAUCAGAUCGAAACUGCUGUCUUCAGGACACCCAGCACAGCCUUGGCUUGUCCUGUGCCUGCCAUUAAUGACAGCGGAUUCGUCUACAACCUCUCUUCUGUUGUCCAGAUGGAGAAAGAAAAAGCUUUCAGCGGUAACUUCCCACAGGUGCAUGAUAGAGACAAGAGACAGUUUAGGGAUAAGAUAGUGAAGUUGAGAAGGAUUAAAAGUACUAUGUCGGCUUUUCAAAGCCACCACAUGUGAUCAGUAUUCCGUAAACUUUUUAGUUUCUUUCGAGGAAGUUUUAUUCAUUUCGAUUUUUUAUGUGAAGUGUAUGCGUUUUUUGUGUACUGAAGGCCUAGUUAUAUAUAGGUGUGAUAACUGAUUUAUGUAAAGAUAAGAUUAAAGAAAACUGUGAUGAAAAGUUGGUA